CUGUUUAGAACCCAAGUUGGAAAAUAUCCAAACAAUAAACAAUGUCCAUCCAAUCAUCUUCUCUUGGUGUGCAUCCAUUUUCAUAAACCCCACACCCCUCACCUCUAUCAUCAUAUAUACCACCAAACGCCUUGCUCAUUCGUCCUUUCUCUCUAUCUCUCUCUCUCUCUCUCUCUCUCUGUGAAUUUAGUUGGAAUUGUGGUGGUGUCAGCUUAAUAUAUUUCGAGAAUUAAGUUGCAAGAAGCACUUAAUACAGAAGCGCUUAAUAUUAUUGCCUGGCUGAAGAUGGGCAGAAAGUGUUCACAUUGUGGAAACGUAGGCCACAACUCUAGGACCUGCACAAAUUUCAGAGGCACUCUUAGUAGCACUAGUUUUGUUGGAUUUAGGCUCUUCGGUGUCCAACUUCAGCAUGAUCACCAUCAUGUCGUGAUGUCUUCUUCUAACAUGAACAGUAAUUCUGCUAACCAUCAUGUUGCCAUGUCCAUGAAGAAAAGUUUCAGCACGGAUUGCUUGCCGACAACGUCGUCAGCCUCUUCAUCUUCCCCAUCUAACUCUUCAUUGUCUCCUUCAAGACUUUCCAUGGAUGAAAAUAUUUGUGCAGCAGAUAAAGCCUCCAUCGGCUAUCUCUCCGACGGUCUCAUAUGCCGAGCCCAAGAAAGGAAGAAGGGAGUUCCAUGGACGGAAGAGGAGCACCGGACGUUCCUAAUCGGACUCGAGAAGUUAGGAAAGGGUGACUGGAGAGGCAUCUCUAGGAAUUAUGUGACCACAAGAACCCCAACCCAAGUUGCAAGUCAUGCUCAGAAGUAUUUUCUCAGGCAAGCAAGCCUCACCAAAAAGAAGCGACGCUCUAGCCUCUUCGAUAUGUUUGGGAGCAGCAACAAUAUAAAUAUGGCGACUUAUGAUCCAAUUCCUACUCAACGUGACAACAUUAUUCAUGGUGACAUGGCCAUUGAUACCAGCACACUGCCUCCGCUUCAACGUAGCACUGCAGCAAAAAAUCUAAAAUCAGAUCACAAUCAAAAACCUCAAAGCAGCAGGACUACUACUCAGCAGCUGCCGGCUUGGAUUUACGGGUUGAUCGAUUCCCAGAUGAAAUCGAGUUCAUCUUCGAGUGAAGCGCCAGUAGUACCGGAUCUAGAGCUCACGCUUGCCGCGCCAACUAGUCCUAAUUUGGAACAAAAAAAGAGAUCAUCCCCAACCCCAGCAGGCCCCCUCCUUAAUCUUGGAAGGAUUAGUGUCACAUAAACAAAAGUAAAAUGAGGUGGACUGGCAUGGGGAUACAAUAUACAGAAAUGAUCGUGAUUUUGACUUUAACCCAAGCAGCUCAAGAGGGAUCUCAAGGAACAAUAAAAUUAAUUAUUAUGUAUUAAUUAUUAACUUUCUUUCCUUUCCUUUCUUUUCCUUUUCUCUUGAUGAAUAAAACGAGGAUGAAUCCAUGCAUGCA